GGGACACUCUUUCCGCGGUUGCGGAAGCUCAAAGCUCUCUCGUCCUCAACGUGGUGACCGAGAGCGGCUGCGGGGAUCCGACCGCGUUGUGAAACUUUCGGGGUCGGCACAAAACAGCGAUGGCGGCGUCGAAGAGUGAUCCGGGCCUCCGCGCCCAGCAGUCCAUGUCUCUCGACCCCAAGAUGCAGGAGGAGUUUCAACGGAAGCUGCACGGGAUGAAGAAGGUUGAAAAGCUGACACCAGGUGUAAUUUACUUGGGCCAUAUUCCCAAAGGAUUCUUUGAACCCGCAAUCAAGAAAUACUUCUCCCAGUUUGGAACUGUUUUAAGAGUUCGACUUUCCCGCAGCAAAAAGACCGGAAAUAGCAAAGGAUACGCUUUUGUGGAGUUUGCAUGUGAGGAAGUUGCCAAAAUCGUUGCAGAAACAAUGAACAACUAUUUAUUUAAUGAAAGGCUCUUAAAAUGUCAGGUUCUUCCACCAGAGAAAGUACAUGCACAACUUUUUAAAGGUAGCCAUACAUCUUUUAAUAAGCCGAGGUUCCCGGCUGUUACUCGUUACAACAAGGAAAGAACACCAAAGCAAGAAAGUGUAAUGUCAAAGAGACUCCUUGCAAAAGAAGGGCAGUUACGGAAAAGGCUUGCUGAGAAAGGGAUUGACUAUGACUUUCCUGGUUUUGCUGCAGUGUUGCCUCAAAUGAAAAAGCAAGUGUGCACAGAAAUGAAUGACACAGUAAAUAGCCAGGAUGUGACUCCUGUCUGCACACCAACUACUCUAAAACAACGGCAAUCUUUAAAGACUGUUGAUGAUACAGAUGAUGAAAUCACAUUCAAGGUACAGCCUGCUGAAAGGACUGCCAAAAAAGAAGAGCAAAUUGACUGAAAAAGUGCAUAAAACGAACAAGCUAAAGAAAAUAAAAAGAAAAAUUCGUGCCAAGUGAAGUUUGAACAAUUUUAAAAUGAGGAAUCGGAAAAGACACAUUGGUUACCUUUGCAGGAAGUUAGGAUCUACUGGUCAUUGCUAUGCAUUGUUGUGAAGAAUGCUACCGAAGUGAUAAGUUUUUAUUAAUUUGUUGGUGCAAGUUUUACAUGGAGUAUGAACAAAUAUAUUCAGGAUGCCCUGAUAACUGCUUGUAUUAAAGGUGGAAAGUUCUGCAAUUCAACAAGUCAUUCUUAUUUCCCCAAAAAUAUUCACAAAGCUUAAAUACUUUUAUGCAGUGGUAAAUUCAAAAAAAGUCAGUUUAGAAGUGUGGCAUUCUAGCCAAAAAUUUAUUUUAAUUAAUUUAAUUUCCAGUUUUGAAUAAACAUCUUUGCCCAAAAUAGGUGUUUGAAAGUUAAGUUGUUUUAUUUGAAAUUAAGACUUGUGUGAUAAAUAUUAAAAGCUAAGUUAGAAAUCAAUAAAAAGGCAUGAAAUACAGAGAGGUUGCCAGUAUGUAUUAAGUCAAUUAGCAGAUGGAAGGAAAAAUAUCGCACAAUGCCCUUAUCAACAUACAAGAAGAGGCAACAAGUAAAUGCUGUGCUUAAAAGAAACCAGAUUUAUCUGCUUUGUUUUCUCAGCCUGAAUAUCUAAAGAAAAAUUGGUAUCUACUGACAUUUUGGUAUUGCUGAGAUUACAAAAUAUCAUUGUCAUGAACAGCAAAUUUGGUUAUUGGACACCAUCUUUGUAUCUUAUGAAAUUCAGACUACCUGCUUGAAAUCAGCACUCUGGUUACACCCCGAUGAUUAAUGCAGUAGUUAGACUUUGCAGCAUUCUGAAUCUGCCACGUAUACUUUAUCACAUUUUGUAAUUGUCCAUAUUUAGCAGCUGCAUUCAUCAUACCUUGACAUGCAAUUAGCCUUGUUACUUUUAAGGUUUAAUAUUUUUCAAAAAUGAAUUCUAGACUAGAACUGAAGGAAGGAAAUGUAACUGGCCUGGAGUAAAUUAUGUUUUCUGGCUGAGCUUCAUUCAGUCAUUACAUAUUAUACAAAGAGGUUGCAAUUGGACAGAAUAAAUCAUGUCGGUCAGCUUUUAAGGUUGUUUCUUUCCUCGUGUUUUCAGUAUUUGUGAAAUGGACAAAAAAAAUUUGUACAGUAUAACAAUAAACAGUUGAUAUUUAACUACUGAAUUAAAUUUAUAUACAUGCAGAGUUCAUUAUAUACAGGAGAGUUGGUGCCUCGCUCAAUUUUGAAUCAAAAUCUGGUGUCUCAGUUGUUAAGUGUUUGUAAAAUGAAGAUAAUAGUACUAUAAACUGAGUUUUCCUGUGAUUCAUGCAACAUAAAUGUACUUCAAGUUUUGUCUAGUUUUGUUAUUUUAAGUAUAUGUAUAAAAAUGUUUAUAAAUCAAUUUCAUGUAGCUUUCAGUAUAUCGAAAAAACUUAAGUUACAAUAUGUUGUGAGCUACAAUGAUUGUGUUUCAACACUAAUGAGUUUUUUACUGCUGAGAAUUGUCUCUCAUGUCGUCUUUAUUUUCUGAUACAAAUUUCCUGCAUAUAAAAUUAGAGUGCAAUUAGAGGCCA